UUUGGAUUGUGAUUUUUCGGUCGUAGUAUAAGCCCGUCUAUAAGUUGCAAGGGGAACAUUUAGUUUUAAAAGCUGAUCAAGUCGAUUAUUGUCAACGAACCUCUUACCAACUCCACAAUUAAAAUAAAAUGAAACUUUUCUGUUUAUUAAUAUCUUUUUUCUUUGUGGAAGUUUUGGCAGAUUAUGCUACUUACAAGGAGUAUGUUAACAUUACAACCGAAGCCAUCAAACUUGUUUAUGAAAAGAAUGAUUUAACUGUAGAAGGUAGAUCUGGAGCAAAUGGAUUGGAGCAUUUGAUUGAAACAAUGGUUACUGAUGAUAACGAGGAAAAUUACAAGAACUUCUGCAAAAUGAAUUUGUUGAUUGCUGUACCGGACCAACCGGAAAUUGUCUUCGGAAUACUGGAACAUAUGCCUCUUCCCCCAAUGCAAAAAGCCAAGCUUUUCAACCAUAUAAUGCUAAAAGAAAUAGAAGAUAUAUUAGGAUUUAGAUUGCCUCUAGUUAAUAAAAACCUAAAUUUGGGAACACUGAAAGACCUUGGAGACGAGCGAAGAAACUAUAUUGUUCCAGCUUUAAGAAACCUAAUCAGAUGUCGCAUAUUAGACGAAGCCGUGCAGCAUGUAGACGAUGAUGCCUUUUUAUUAGCGAAUUGUCGUUUGCUAGGACUAUACUUGAGUACGCAAUUUCCAAAAUCAUACAUAAAAGAAAUUGAGAUUGACACAACUGACCGUACGUGUAUCUUAACGGACAAAAGAAAUGGCAAAAGGAGAUACAGAAAAAAUGGUAACACGUGGUCCGAAAUAAGCUUAUCUAACAUUGACCAAACACAACAGUUCCUCGAGGAACAGUUACGACUUCGAAUUCCACCAAUUGCACAAUCAUCAGACGAGAGCGAUAACUCUACAGAUGAGGAAGAAGACGAUGGACCGUCCACCAGCAAUUUUAACAAUCCCUAUUUCUAAUUCUUAUUCUUUGAUUUUUGUUAACCGUGCUUCGGCACUAGCCGUUUGUAAGCUUAUUCUUAGUUCUUGUGUAUCAUCCAAAACCGUAAUUGUUUAAUUAAAAACAUGUUUCAUAAAUUAUUUAUUUGUUUUUAAAAAAAAAAUCGUUGGCAAACGCGUCUACCACACGAGUAACUAAUAAGAAUUACAAUUUAAAAACAAUAAUGUUAAUAAUAAUGUUAAAAAAAUACUGGCACAUGUAUUCUGUUCAUUACAUAUUGUAUUAUAAUAUAUAUUUUUUUAUUUUUCACUACACACGUAAUAAAAUAUGAAAUUGGAAAAGAAUAUACAUAUACAUAAGUUGA